UCCGCUGUUCCAUGGCUUAGGCGAAAGAGUGUUUUUUCAGGUGGCUUAUCCCACACAUGCCGCCACGGCAGGAUUACGCAAGCAAAUAUUUGGGUACAUCUUUUUCCUCAUUUGCAUUUCAAGAUCAAAACAAGCUUCGCUCAUUGUCGGGCUUCUUCUAAUCCUAUGGCCAAGUGUCUGCUGCGCUAUGCCUCCGUGACUUUCUUGCUGUGUUGCGUGGCUGCUCAAGGUAGUUACUACUCACAACGCCAAGUUGUCCCAACUUACCCUGGCGGAUACUUCCAACAACCUCAAGGAUAUGUUCAGACACCGAACUAUCCUGCUGGUCGGAGAUCCAACGAAUGUAGCCAACAUCCUGGCUCCACAUGCAUGUUCGUCUUGCUAUGUUUCAUGAGCGGGGGUGUAGCAGCUGGGUCCUGUUCCGGGGGUUUGCUGUCUACAUGCUGUGUUCCUCCUCCCUCCUUAACAUCACCUGCUACUCGCCCAAUGCCAACCAUGAGGCCAGCCCAAGUAGUGACCCAGCCACAAACGGUCCCAACCACAGCGAGACAAGAAAGGACUGUCGCGCCUGUAGUACAACAAAAGCCUCAAAGCAAUGUUACUUACUGCGGCAUACCUAGAGCCAAACCUCAAAGCAGAAUUAUUGGCGGCAACGAUGCAAUGUAUGGCGAAUUUCCGUGGCAGGCUCACAUAAAACUCAAUAAGCAACAGUGUGGCGGAGUUCUUUUAAAUCAAAGAUACGUCUUAACAGCUGCACAUUGUAUUUAUCAGGUACCCCUAACAGACAUCUCUAUCCAGCUGGGUGUGUUUGAUAUUCAGGACCAUAGUCGCCAGGUGAUUGCUCCUCAGACUUUCUCUGUGAUUGAAAAGAAAAUUCAUCCGGACUUCCAGUACCAAGCUGCCCAUCCAGACCGUUAUGACGUAGCCUUGCUAAAACUCAACCAAGAUGUCCAUUUUCACGACACUGUCAUCCCCAUCUGCCUUCCCAGGAAGGACUGGGACUUCCAAGGUUGGCGAGGUGUCAUCACUGGCUGGGGGAAGAAAGACGUCGGGAUCGCCACUCGAUUUGGCACUCGCCUGCUACAGAAAGUAGAUGUCCCGAUUAUUUCCAAUACCCAAUGCGAAGACUGGCAUAGAGAUAAAGGAAUAGAUAUCACAAUUUCCAAGGAAAUGAUGUGUGCCGGAUACGAAGAAGGGAAGAAAGAUGCAUGUGUGGGCGAUUCCGGUGGCCCCCUUAUAGUAAUGGUUCAUGGAAGAUGGGUUGUAGCUGGUCUUGUAUCUGCCGGGUUUGGAUGCGCCCAAGAAAAGCAACCUGGAAUCUACCACAAAGUGCCCACGACAGUAGAUUGGGUGCGGGAGAGCAUAGCUCUUUGAAGAUGUAAAGUACCUCGACUCUACCUCGACUAAACAGCAGUGCUGUGCCUUUAAGUACUGUGAAUUUUAUUUGUACGGGAUGCUCUAAAGCCAAUUUGUACAGCAUUCCAUACAAUCAUCGACUAGACGAUGAAUCUCUCGAUUCGAAACUGUCAUCAGUGUAAAACUUGGUGAAAUCUGCGGAUUUAAAAGUGAAAUUGACGAGACUGGAUUAACACUAUUGAUAGAUAUAUCAUCCAACAUUGUAUAUACUCUCGACGCCAUUAUUUUAUCCAUCUUUUUUAAAUGGUAUCUGUAUGUGCAAACAAAUGUUGAACGUUUGUGAAAGUUAUUUUAAUAAAUGUCACCUAUAUUUUUA